CUCUGUUUAGGUCUGGGAUUUGCAUCUGAAUGACCCGGAGUGCCGCGGCGUCGAGGUCGGAGAGGAUUACAUCUUCAGCAUCAAGACGAAUCUGUCCGACUGCGGCACGAUAAUGGUGUCGGACGAGUCCCACAUCAUGUUCAUCAACACGAUCCACAACAACGAGUCGGAGGUGAUCACCAGGAGCUACAUCAACAUCACCUUCGUCUGCAGGUACCCCGUCAACUACCUGGUGCAGCAGCCGCGGGGGGGCAGCGGGAUCCGCGUGGACGUCAGGACCAUCACUCUGAACACGGAGGACGGGAACUUCUCUGUCUCGAUGCUGCUGUUCAAAGACGAGGCGUUCGAGGACCGCUGGACCACCGUGCCCUCGCUCAUGCUGGAGGACGACAUCUUCGUCAAAGUCUUCAUGAUUCCUGCUCACCUGAUGCUGCGUAUGGAGCGAUGCUGGGCGACCCCCACCAGUUACCCCUACAGCAACAUCCAGUACAGCUUCAUCAGAGACAGCUGCCCGAUGCUCUCCAGCGUUCAGACCCUGAGCGUCCUGAAGAACGGGGAGGGGGCCGACGCUGCAUUCAGGAUCCAGAUGUUUAAGUUCGUGGGCAGCUCGUACACCGACGUCUUCCUGCACUGCAACGUCCAGAUCUGCAGCCACAGCCGGGGGCAGUGCCAGCCGAACUGUUCCAGCGAAGAGGAAAAAGAGUUGAUCCGGAUCCGGAGAGACAUCCCUGUGUCUCACACGGUGUCUUACGGACCAAUCAGACGACUGCUACAGGACGACAGCGGAAAACCUGAUCCGAGUGGGGGGGUCCCUGCCGUGGAGACCCUGGUUCUGGGGGGGCUGCUGGUGGUCCUGCUGCUGGUGACCGGGGUCUUCGGACGCUUGUGGCUCCGGUCCAGACACUUCUACCCGGCCAGGGAGGCUCAGCUCACCCUGUCCAACAUCCACACCCUCUCUGAGGUCGCCUCCUGAGGGGGGGUGGGGGGUACCUGUCCAACAUCUAGACCCUCUCUGAUUUCAACCAGGACUGCAAAAACACAUGAAUUCUUCAUUGUCAGACAUUAACGGUCCAUAAAAUGUCAGAACAUAUUGAAAAAGUUCCUUAGAGUUCAUGAUAAGGAGUUUAAAUGUCUUAAAGACUCCAUUCACCUUACAUGUGAUACAAAGCUUAUUUAACAGGCAUUUCAUGACAUUAGUACAUGAACAGUGACUGAAUAUCGUGCUAAUUAUUUCUCUCAAAACACAAAAACAUAUAAAUACAAUCACGUGUACAGGUCUGAUUUAUUUUUGUUAUCACAUUGUAGGUCUUGCAUAUGUAUUCAUGAAGUGUUGAAAACAAGCUGAAUAAAGGAUUCACUAAAGUGUC